AUGGAUGGUCCUGGGCAGUGGUUCUGGACGUGGACCCUGGUCCUGGUCCUCAGGUGGAUUUGUUUGGAUGGAGCCUCGACGGGACCGCGGUUCCUGGUUCCGGUUCCGGCCUAUCUGGAGGCUGGAUCUGAGCAGCAGUUCUGUGUCAGUCUCCUUCAGCCCAAUGAGACGUUAGACGUGAGCGUCAGUCUGGAGUCUGGAGACAGGAAGUCCCUCCUCCUGCGCCGAAUCUCCGACACCGACUUCCACACCUGCACUCGCUUCCAGGUUCCGUCACUGGAAAAGGAAGAAGUGCAAAACUUUGUGGUGGAAGUAAGUGGAGAAACGUUUCACUCCAAACAAGUCACCAAAGUCAAGAUCCGACAGCAACAGACAGAGACGUUCAUCCAAACGGAUAAACCCAUUUACCUUCCAGGACAAACAGUCCAUUUCAGAGUGGUCACCCUCGACUCCCACCUCCGACCUGCGUUCAGGAAGUAUGACACCAUUAAACUGGAGGAUCCUCAUAACAAUCGCAUCGGCCAGUGGUUGGAUGAAACCACACAGAGUCAAAUACUGCAGCGUUUUUAUACAUUAAACUCCGAGGCCAGAGAAGGAACCUACACCAUCACUGUGGUCAGCGGGCACAAGAAGAAAUACCACAACUUCAGGGUGGAGAAGUACGUUUUGCCAAAGUUUGAGGUGAAAAUAAACACGUCUGCAGAAGUGAGCAUCGACCAGGAGGAAGUCACAGCUGAGAUAUGUGCAACGUACACUUUUGGACAGCCGGUUCCUGCCAGUGUGAAGGUGGACAUGUGUCGUCCUCUGCGGACUCGUUUGUCCGUCCCUGACGACCUGGAGGUCACGGCUCCAUGUUUUAAGGAAACCAAACAGACAGAUGAGCGGGGCUGCACCGUCGUCACCGUCCCCAUGUCCACCUUCACCAGACUGGACCAAAAAGUCCUGAACGAUGACCUGGAGUUGACGGCCAAAGUGGAGGAGGAAGGAACAGGUAUUGAACACUCAGGAGUUAAACGCAUCGGGAUUUCCUACGUGGUUGGACGACUGGCCUUCGUAGACACACCGACCAUUUAUGAACAAGGAUCCAAUUUAGAAGGAAAAGUUCGUGCAGUUUAUUACAAUAACACCCCCAUUCCAGACUCACCUGUGUACCUGUUCGAUGGCGACAGAUGGUCCCGUCAACUUCUGCAGAACCUCACCACUGAUGUCAACGGCAUCGCCACGUUCAGGCUCAAUAUGUCCAAGUACAGCGGCAACGCCCACCUCCAUGUUACCAAAGUGCCGUCCCCGCAGUUCUCCACUUACAGAGUUCCUUACUUCGAACCAGCAGAUAUCACUAUCUCCAUGGCCCAAGAGUCUUCUGUGGAUGAUCACACAGUCAGCUUUCUAAAGGUGAAGAAGACUGACAGGACAUGGAGCUGUGACACAGAAGACCAGCUGUCCAUCCAGUUCACGGUGGUGAAAGAGCAGCCCAGUCCCAUGGCUCUGAUGUACCUGGUCCUGUCUCGACAAGGCAUCAUCACACAAGGACAGACCACGGUCCAGGUUCAACCAUCAUCAGUGACUGAAGGUGAGGUGUCCUUUACAUUGAAAGUGCUUCCAGAGAUGGCGCCAAAGUUUGAGGUGGUGGCCUACGCCGUCCUCCCCAGCGGGUUUGUGAUCGCUGAUAAAGCUACGUUUUCCACCGAGAAAUGCUUCAGUCAUAAUGUGUCGUUGGAGUUUUCUCCGUCUUUGUCAGUUCCAGGGGAGGAGAACAUCCUGCAUUUGACGGCCAAUCCAGGUUCUCUGUGUGGAAUCAGCGCCGUGGACCAGAGCGUCCUCAUAAAGGCUCCAGGGAAGACUCUGACCGCAGACAAGAUAUUUGACUUGUUCUCCACUAGUAGAUAUAUAUCGAGGGAUGUUCAGGAUCCUGCCGAAUGCUUAGUCGUUAGACCAAAACGACACAUUGCACCCUACCCCUCAGGCAAAGACGACCCUUUUACCAUUUUCCAGAAUUUGGGCUUAAAGAUGGCAACAAAUUUGGUGAUUCGAACCCCUGAGUGCCUGAAGUAUAUGGGACAUGAAUACAGCCGACACCCUGCGGUCGUUGCCUACGGUCAGUGUCUUUGUCUCAGUGGAAACACAUGUACCAGCCUCAGUUCUGUCCAGGUCUCAUAGAGGUCUGUUUUUGGACCAGGUGGAGUUGCAUAUAGAAGAACUUUCGUAACUGGGGGGAUUCAAGUUGCUAUGGAAGGUCAUUUCGAUUCACCUCCACCACCUCCAGUAGAGACCAUCCGCACUUUCUUCCCUGAAACUUGGAUAUGGGACCUGGUGGAAGUUGGAGUGUCCGGCCGCAGGGACAUGUCCGUACCCGUCCCUGACACCAUCACCACCUGGCAGUCAGAGGUCUUCUGUCUGUCCCAGACCCAGGGCUUUGGUCUGGCCCCGCCCACACAGCUGCGUGUCUUCCAGCCGUUCUUCCUGGAGCUCCGCCUCCCGUACUCCAUCAUCCGAGGGGAGAACUUCCAGCUGAAGGCCACGGUCUUCAACUACCUGGACAGCUGUUUCAAGGUCACCGUGACCCCCACCCCCUCUGCCGACUACACCCUCACCCCCCUGUCAGGAGACCAGUACUCGUCCUGUCUGUGUGGAAAAGAACGCAGGACCUUCAGCUGGACCAUGGACGCCUCAGCCUUAGGGUCUGUGAACGUGUCUGUGACUGCAGAAGCAUCAGGUUCUGACGUCUCCUGUACCAAUGAAGUGGACUUUCCGGACAGAGGUCGCAUCGACACGGUCACAAAGUCUGUCCUAGUGAAGGCUGAAGGAGUGGAGAUGAGCGACGUCCACAACCUGCUGCUCUGUCCAAAAGGAGGGUCUUUGACAGCUGAGGUCCAGGUGGAACUCCCUCAGAACGUCAUCCAUGGAUCUGCUAGAGCUUCAGUAUCAGUGCUGGGUGACAUCCUGGGUCGGGCCUUGCAGAACCCGGACGGGCUGUUGAAGAUGCCGUAUGGAUGUGGAGAACAGAACAUUGCCCUGAUGGCCCCCAACGUCUACAUCCUCCAGUAUCUGAACAACACGCAGCAGCUGAGUCCAGGAGUCAGAGAGAAGGCCUCCACCUUCCUGAGCAGCGGAUACCAGAGACAGCUCAACUACAGACAUGAGGACGGCGCCUACAGCACCUUUGGAACCGGACGAGGGAACACAUGGUUGACGGCUUUUGUGAUGAGAACCUUCGUAAAAGCGCAGUCGUUCGUCUACAUCGACCUGGCAAAGAUACAAGAGUCCAAGGAAUGGUUGAAAGACAAACAGAAAGAAAAUGGAUGUUUUGAACCAAUAGGACGACUAUUUAACAACAGGAUGAAGGGCGGAGUCUCUGAUGAAGUCACUCUCACUGCUUAUAUCACCGCUGCUUUUCUGGAAAUGGAUAAGACGGCAGAUGACGCGGCGGUCAACAGGAGUCUGUCCUGUCUCCGAGACUCCAUGAGUGACCUGAGGAACACCUACACUACAGCUCUGAUGGCCUACGUCUUCACCCUGGCAGGGGACAUGGACACCCGAGCUCAGCUUCUGGACCAUCUGGACAAAGCUGGUCAAGGUCAAGGAGGGUUCCUUCACUGGGCUCAGACCUCGGAGGACUCGUCACUGUCUCUGUCUGUGGAGAUCAGCUCAUAUGUGCUGUUGGCUAAACUCAGCGCCUCUCCCACCGAUGAAGACCUGGGUUACUCCGCCCGCAUCGUCAGGUGGCUGACGCAGCAGCAGAACCACUACGGAGGCUUCUCUUCUACACAGGACACGGUGGUGGCUCUUCAGGCUCUGGCCCUGUACUCCACUCUGGUCUUCAGUCCUGAUGGGUCCAGCUCAGUGACCGUCCAGUCUCCCAGUGGCCAAAUGGUGUUUGAUGUGAACCAGAACAACAGGCUUCUGUACCAGGAGGGGGCGCUGCAGGACGCAACAGGGAAGUACGGUGUGGAGGUGACGGGCACAGCAUGUGCCUCAGUACAGGUCUCUGUUCACUACAACAUCCCACCUCCUAAAGCUGCCUCCACCCUCAGCGUGGAAGUGGAACCACAAGCAAACUGUGACGUCAGCACUCAGAGACCCAAACUGACCCUGACAACAAAGUCCUUAUACAGCGGCGAACACAACGUGACUAACAUGGUGAUCCUGGACUUUAAGAUCCUGUCUGGAUUUGUCCCAGACCCAGAGUCUCUGAAGGCUCUCCGAGGUGCAGUGCUGGUGGAUCGAGUUGAGCACAACAAUGACCAUGUCCUGGUGUAUCUGCAGGAGGUGAGAUGA